UAACCACCUCAAUGAAAUAAUUUUAUCUUGUUCACGCAUAGUGGUUAAUGGAAUCUACCACCUCAAACGGUUAGUAAAUAUACUAACAUUUUUAUUUAUAAAUAGUUGUAUUUUCCCAACUGUUUACAUUUUGUGUCAUAGCGUACAAUACACGGUAUUGCAGAUGUUUAUCUUUAUCGUCACCGAUGUAUAAAUUAAAAAUACAAUUUUUGUUUGUAACAUCUUUGGUAUAUGUAUUGAUAAGUAUAUUUUUCAUUCAUAUCAGUUUCUAUCGCCUAGCAACAAUCAUUGGCAUAAAAGUUAAUACUUUGUAGUGGUAUCCAGCAAUAACCACCAUUCAAAAUAAUAUGCACAUUAUUGAUAACUGAUAAGCAUUUAUAAAUAUUUAAAAAUCAUUAUUUCGCUUUGAAGUUUGAAUCAUAUUCUUAAAAUUUCAAAAAUGUCGCGUCAUACAAGAUUGUCACAAAAAGAUGUAGUUCAAUAUCUUGAAGAAGAUUUUCCUUCAGGUUCUGAACUAGAAUCAGAUGCCGAUGACACUGACGAGGAUCCAGAUUAUGAAAAGGAAUUUGUUUUCAAUUCUUCGGACAGCGAAUCUGAAGAUUUAAAUAAUAUGAAUGAUAUUGUUUUACCACCAAACUCAUUAGAAACUUCUGUAUUUUCAACAUCAACGACACCAUCUAGGAAUAGACCAAAUACUCGUAACUCUGUAACAUCUGUCCAUUAUGAACAGCUUCAAGAAAGUUUGGAAUUUGUGUCUCCAACUCAUUCAAAUGUAUCAAGUCAAGUAUCAAUUGCUUCACCAUUAAAUUUAAAUAUAAUCUCACCAUCACCUUCAACUUCAACAGUUCAAUACAAUAUACAGAAUAUAGUAAUUCCUAACCAACCUCUACAAGUGCCUACUUGGUCUAAAACUGUUUCUAUGUUUGAAGAAGAUGCAUUUAAUGAAAAUAAUGUCGGAGUUACAGAAUACAUAACAAGUAUGUCAGAUAUUACUCCAACAAAUAUAUUUUUAAAACUAUUUCCUGAGUCUCUUCUUGAACAUAUUUCAUUUCAUACAAAUUUGUAUGCAACCCAACUUGGAAAACCGUACACACCUACUACACCAAAUGAAAUAAAACAUUUUUUUGCAAUUAAUAUGUUUAUGUCAUUGAAAAAACUUCCUAGCUACAGAGACUACUGGUCAAGUGCCACUGAUUUCCAUGAUAGUUUUAUUUCUAAGCUAAUGCCAGUGAAUAGAUUUGGGUGGAUUCUUUCACAUUUACAUUUUAAUGACAACUCUUUAAAACCAAAAAGAGGAGAAGUAGACUAUGAUAAAUUAUAUAAAAUUAGGCCACUUUUAAAUUGUUUGAGUGAAACAUUUAAAAAAUCAUAUCGUCCACAUCAAAAAUUAGCUGUAGAUGAAAGUAUGGUAAAAUUUAAAGGUAGGUGUUCCAUGAAGCAAUAUAUGCAAAAUAAACCAAUUAAGCGAGGCUAUAAAAUUUGGAUGCUUUGCGAUCAAUCAAGUUAUAACCUGAAAUUUGAAAUUUAUACUGGAAAAUGUAGUAGCAAUGUAGUGGAAACAGGUCUUGGAGCUAAAAUAGUAUUAAAUUUAAUGAAUGAAUUUGCUGGCAAAAAUCAUAUAGUAUACAUGGAUAAUUAUUUUAGUAGUUAUAAUUUAUAUGAAAUUCUGAAACAAAAUAAUAUUUAUGCAGUAGGUACAGUAAAUUCAAACAGGAAAAAUUUACCAAAACUAUCAGAUGAUAAAAAAAUGAUGAGAGGUGACUUUGACUGGAACACUAGUAAUACAAAUAUCACAAUGUGUAAAUGGAGAGAUAAAAGAAGUGUUCAUUUACUUUCAUCACGUUCAUUACCUCAAGAACCAAUUUCAGUAAAAAGAAAACAAAAAGAUGGAACAAUUAUAAACGUACCCUGUCCACAAGUAUUAGUUGAUUAUAAUAAAAACAUGAAUUAUGUAGACAAUUUUGACAGAUUAAAAGGAGAUUAUUCAUUAGACAGAAAAUCUAUUAAGUGGUAUAUGCGGUUAGUGUUUCAUUUUGUAGAUUGUGCAAUAACAAAUGCAUUUAUUAUACAUAGGGAACUACCUAAUGUAGAACAUUUUAAAAAUAAAAAUUUCAAAAGAAAUAUUUACAAUACACUUUUAUCAGAACAAUUAGUGGCGGUUUCCCAAAAAUCCAAAAAAACAUUAUCUCAAGGAGGCCCUGCUACACGGAAGCCUUAUAUAAACCAAAGUAUUAGAUUACAAAGUUCCAGUCACCAACCUCAAAGAACUACUUCUAGGCGUUGUGGUAAUUGCAGUACUAAAAAAAACCCUGUAAGAAGCAUUUGGGAGUGCUCAGUAUGCAAAGUAAGUUUGUGCAUGAAAAAGUCAAAAAACUGUUUUCAAGAAUUUCAUUUAGCAAAAGGUAAGCUGGUAAUAGUUUACUCAAUUGUUUAUUGUGUUUUAUGUUAUUCUAUAGAAAGAUACAUGUUCAGCUGCUUCCUAUGACAUAUAAAUUAUUUCAAUAAAUAAUAUAUAUGUAUUAUGUGGUAAUUAUUUAAUUUGAUCAAUGUUAUGCUUUUUGUGUUGUUUUGUGCUUUGCUACUAAAUUGAUAUGCUUAUGUAUUGAAUAUAAUAUAUUUUUGCAACUUUUUAUAACAUAAUAAUUGUUUUUAUUAAUUUAUUUAAAAUAUGAAUUUACAUUUUCAGAUGUUUGAUUAUUAAUUGGUUAUUCAAGUACCUAUC